UUGAUCUAGCUGUACAGAUAAACCGUCGUUGCAAGCUCUAAUAAUUCAAUAUGUCGUUUAAUUUUGAAGAAUUUGUCAAUAAGUACAAACCGCACAAGGAGACGCUGGAUUUUUUCCUGGCGCGUGCAGCGGAUGGGGUACAGCCAUACUUUGAGAUCGGGGUGGAUAAGGCAAGACAGGCUAGCAUCGAGGCGUCCGAAAAGUAUGGAGGAAGUGUUGAUUUGGAUGGGAAAGAAUUUGAGCUUACAGUUCCGUCGCCUUACAACAAAGAUGGUAUACAAGUGACUGUGUACGCACCUUCAUCGUGCAAAGCCGACGACAGUCCCACAAUUCUGGCGUACUUUCAUGGCGGCGGCAACGUCAUCGGUUGCAGGAAAACUCACCAAACCAUCUGUAAAAUUAUAGCUAAGGAGUCUCCGUGUAUCGUGGUGAACGUAGAGUACCGCCUGGGCCCCGAGCAUCGGUUCCCCGCCAACCACGACGACGCAAAGACCCUCGUCCAGUGGCUCGCAAAAAACAAGGCCGCCGUCGGUGGCGAUGCUGGGAGCCGCCUUGGUGUGUGUGGUGACAGUGCGGGAGGCCGCAUUUCCGCCGUCGUCUGCCACGAGGCCGCCGACAUCAUAGACUUCGCGGUGUUAAUAUACCCAAACGUAUCAUGCCGAUUCGAGCACCCGUCAGUGAGUGAGUUUAAAGACGGUCCUGGUGUCACAUGGACAACGAUAGAAUGGUUCAUGGAGAACUACUUUGAGCGGAAGAGCGACAUGGGAACACCGCGCGCGUCGCCACUGCAACACGCGGACUUCGGCAAGCUUCCGCCGACCCUGAUCAUUGUGGCCGAACUUGACCCGCUCAGGGACGGUUGCCAUGCGUACGAGGAGAAGCUCCGGACGGCAGGUAUUCCGGUGGAACUGCAAACCAUCAAGGGCGUCCCACAUGCUUUUUGGAGUCUUACAGGUGCGUUCAGGGAGACGGGGAAGGAGGCCCAGAGCUAUGCGGUGGACUUCAUCCGAAAAUUCAAGGCGUGAUGCAGAUCAACGAUUUUAUGAUCAUUUGAUGCAGUGUUAACUUUUUGUUCAUGAUAUUUCAAUAAACAGAAACAUUAUA